CCAGCCAGCCUCUGAUCAAAUGUGCGGACGCCGUUGCUUCUCCGCGCUCCGAGCGUUUCAUCUUCGGUCCAGAAUGGCACUUGCUUAACUGACAUACGAGGAUUGAGACACAAAUAGUCCCCGACAGAGGAAAAUUAACCGAAUCUACAAAUAUGAUCGCUACUUUACUUAAAAAACGAAAGCUGAACUGUAUGUAUGCGCUGUUGUUAUGGCUCCAUACGGCAGUGUGGAUGUGGUGUUCAGCGGCCGAAGAGCAUCAUUUCAGUGUUGAGGCGUGGUUACAGAGGUAUGGCUACCUCCACCAUACACAACCUAACAUGGCUGUCCUGAGAUCAGCCCAUACCAUGCACUCUGCUAUUGCUGCCAUGCAGCGAAAGUAUGGACUCAACAUCACAGGGACUCUAACCAAGGAGACUAUAGGUUGGAUGAAGAAGCCCAGAUGUGGUGUACCUGACCACCUUAAAGGGGUGUCUGGAUCCCGUAGGCAGAAGCGCUAUGCACUAACUGGACAGAAGUGGCAACGCACACACAUCACAUACAGCAUUAAAAAUGUCACCCCAAAAGUGGGCGCACGAGAAACGCACGAGGCCAUUCGCCGGGCGUUUGACGUAUGGCAAGGCGUUACGCCACUACGUUUUGAGGCCGUGCCCUACAGCGCUCUGGAGAGUGGCAAACGCGAUGUGGACAUUACCAUCAUCUUUGCCUCUGGUUUCCAUGGUGACAGUUCUCCGUUCGAUGGAGAAGGAGGCUUCCUAGCACAUGCUUAUUUCCCAGGGCCAGGCAUAGGGGGCGACACACAUUUUGACUCUGAUGAACCCUGGACGCUGGUCAAUCCAAACCAUGAUGGUGAGAGAACAGCAGGCAAUGACCUAUUCCUUGUGGCGGUCCAUGAGCUUGGUCAUGCUUUGGGACUAGAACAUUCAAAUGAUCCUACGGCUAUAAUGGCUCCUUUUUAUCAGUACAUGGACACUGAGACCUUCAAGCUGCCUCAUGAUGAUCUACAGGGCAUCCAGAAAAUAUAUGGUCCUCCAGACAAAACCCCUCAGCCAACCAGAUUGCUCACAACCGCUACACCUCCACGCCUGCACCCUCAAUCAGACCCUCGAAAACAUGACCGCCAGGGUCGUCCUCAUCGACCCCCACAGAAGUCAAAGCCGGCCAACCCCAACUCCAAACCCAACAUCUGUGAUGGAGGCUUCAACACUUUGGCAAUCCUGCGACAGGAGCUGUUUGUCUUUAAGGAUCAGUGGUUCUGGAGGGUGCGUGAUAAUUCUGUGGUUCCUGGAUACCCAAUGCAAAUCAGCUACUUCUGGAGAGGUUUGCCACAUAAGAUUGAUGCUGUCUAUGAAAAUAGUGAGGGGAAGUUCGUCUUUUUCAAAGGGAACCGGUUCUGGGUGUUUAAGGAUACAACUCUGCAGCCCACAUAUCCUCAGGACAUUUCUCUUUUUGGCAGUGGAAUGCCCACACAGAGCAUUGAGACAGCUGUUUGGUGGGAAGAUGUGGCCAAAACCUACUUCUUCAAAGGGGAUAGGUACUGGAGGUACAAUGAGGACAUGAGAACCAUGGACCCUGGCUACCCAAAACCUAUUACUGUCUGGAAAGGCAUCCCAGACUCUCCACAGGGAGCCUUUGUGGACAAAGUGAAUGGCUUCACAUACUUCUACAAGGGGAAAGAAUACUGGAAGUUCAACAACCAGCGCCUGAGAGUGGAGCCAGGCUACCCCAGGUCCAUCCUGAGGGAUUUCAUGGGUUGUGACGGCUUGCCUGCUGACCCCGACUGGGACUGGAGUCCAACACAGGAAGAUGAACCACUGCAGUAUGACCAUGAUGAUGUUGACAUUGUGCUGAAGCUGGAGAGCAGUGGUGGUGCUGAGAAAGCUGUGGCCAUUGCCAUCCCCUGCGUCCUGGCCCUCUGCAUGAUGGUCCUGCUGUACACCGUGUUCCGCUUCAAGAGGAAGGACACCCAGCGCAACUUACUGUACUGCAAGCGAUCCAUGCAGGAGUGGGUCUGAGAAACAAGGGUCCCGCUGACACUGCUAAAACUAUUUACAUCUUAAAAAUCUCCUCCAAGGUGGAGGAUUCAAGUAAUUGUCUAACUCUUGAGGUGUUGACCCUCUGCGUUUGUCGGUAUUAGUUGCCAAAAGACACUGACGACAUGAGCAAACAGCAUGCCCACUUCCUCUUCCCCGUGUCAGGAUUCACAGGUGGCAAUGUGUCGUUUUGUUUUGUAUGGUUUUGGACCUCUGUGUGGCUUUGGUUGACCAUUUUGGUUGUCAAAGUCCUCUGCAGGAGUAAACUGUUACACUGCAAACCAUAAGAUACCAACUUUUCAACAGACUGAAUUAUUUAUCCCCGUAAAACUGAUCUCGAUACUCACCUGUGUCUCUCCGAAAUACUGAAAAACUGAUACCCAAACCAAAUAUGCCCUUAGUGUCCAAAGAGAAUUGCUUCAUUCACAUCAAUGGAUACUCUGAGAUGACCGGCUUGUCGAUUAUUAUUUGAGUUCCAUUCAGCUGCAUUCAUCUUCAGGAUAUAUGGGACCUGUCUGCUUGGAAACCUGAAAGACAAUGACAUAACACUGGGGCAACCUGCAAUAUUUUGUUGAAUGCCUUAAACACAUACUGAGUUUAUUUUUGUGUAAUCGUAUACAUGUGCCUGUGUGAAUGUGACAUUUUUCAUGACUCUUGAUUUAAAUUUUUUUAGCUUGUCACCGCUCUUUAGAUAAACUGCUAACUGACAGAAAUGUGCUGUAAAAUUUUAAGUGCCACUGACUGUUCAAAAGUGUAAUUGAAACCAAGUUUCCGAGUGUGUGACUGCUCUCCACGUUCUUUCAUCUGCAUUUUUCCCACACUCCAAGCUUCAUAGAAAAUGUGACUUUUGGUUUGAUUAUAAGUGCUUCCAUUUCACUCCUAGAGCAUUUAUUAAGCAAAAUAAAGCUUUUUAGUAAAAAUUCCUAAUGAACCUUCUAGAUGAUGAAUAAUGAAAUAUCAACAAAUUACCAUAGAAUG